GGUUAUUUAGGUAAUCAACCUAUUUUUCUCUCUUUUUCUUUUUGCGCGCUUUUUUUAUCCGAGUCCGAGUCCCGAGUCCCGAUGUGCCGAUCGUCCGUCCACAACUAACUAACUUGUACUAUUAUCUAGAACUUGGCAUAGAUGGCCAUGAAUGAUUUUAACUGGUUCCCUUUUAUUUUUUUUUUUGGCUGGCUGUGGGCGGUCUACUUUAUUCUGAGUAAUUCCACUACUAGGGAGGGUCUGCUUUUGUUCGAAAUACUCCCUAUUCCCUCCCCCCUCCCCCUUCCUUUAGUGGUCCACCUUUUCUCCUCAUGAGGGGGAGGAAAGAUAAGAUGAGAUGAGAUGAAAUGUUAGUUUUUGUUGUCUGUGUAAUUUAUUAACGACUGAGAAGAUGUGCAUAUAGUUAACUUAGUAGUUGUUACUAGUACUACUAAAUGUGCCACUACCGACUAAGGAUAUUAUUCAAGAAAAUGUGCGUUAGCGCAUGCUUUGAGAGCAUACUGUAGUUAUUACAAUACUAGCUAUUAUUAUUUAGUUAACUACUAUGCUUAUCAUUACCACAUAAUAAUAAUG